AUGGAUUCGCAAAAGCAUCGCCAGAUCAAAAAACCUCGCUUAUCGCUUAGUUGUAAUGUCUGUCGGCGUCGCAAAGUUCGUUGCGGUCGCGAACAGCCCAAAUGUACGAAUUGUGUGCGAAUGAAAGAGAAUUGUGUCUACAAGGCUAUGAUUCAUGAGGAGUCUGGGCACCUGCAGCCAGUGUCACCUCAAAGAGUCUCCAACGGACCAAAUGCUAGACCCGAGCUUUCUAGGUCCCAUUGGCGUGCGGAAGCUGAAUCUGCGACAUAUCCCGAGCAUUUGAGACCUGGUUCUUCAAAUCAGACUCUUAGUCCUAAGUCACUACAGCAGUCAGAGGUCUUUUCUAUAGUAUCAUCGUGGGAAGAGGUCAUCCAGCCCCCUAAGGUUCACCCUAGCGCCUCCCAGAGUAGCACGGCAACCACUCGGGAUCCCUCGCCAGUGCAAUCAAUGCCCCCCUUCACAAACGGUGAUCCCCUGGGCCAUGAUCAUCUUAGCCUACGGCGCGGCUCCCGCUCACGUUAUAUUGGCCGAACCUUUUGGGGUUUCAUUGCCGGAAAGAAGGGUCUGAGUGACAACUUCUUUGAUGAAAACCUCCAUGCUCACCCCGAUCUACCUUUGCCCCACAUUUCAUCUAUGGGCAUGUUCAAUCUCCUACGGUCCCUUCCCACUAAGCCCGUGGCCGAUACCUUGCUCAAGAUGUUCUUCAUCGCCGUGUGGCCGAUUCUUCCUCUUCUGCACCCACCAGAUCUACAGGAAGAGUAUUGUCGAAAUAGUGAAAAAUCCUUGCCAUCGAAAAACCUUCUCGACGACCCAACUUUCAUCUGUCUUCUCUUCGCAGUUCUAUAUUGCGGUGCAUCCGCCACCCCAGCGGCAAGAUGGAUGCAAGCCAAUCUUGAGGGCCUACAGAAGAGUACAACAGUCAGCCAACUAAAGUCUGCAUAUACGACGAGCCUUUAUAUGUGUCAGCAUCUAGAACAUCCUACAAUGAAUACUCUGACUUCAACUUUACUCACCAGUCCCUUCAUGGACCGACCCAUUGAGUCGUUAUGCAAUCUAGUUCAAGUGAGCACCACAUUGCGCAUUGCCCAAACUAUGGGAUUGCACAGAGAGGGACUGUGGUCAGCACUGAGUCCUAUCGAUCAGGAAAUUCGACGUCGGGUCUGGUGGCACAUUAUUUGGCUUGAUGUGCAGUCAAGCGUAUCUACAGGGCUUGCUCCAUGCUGUGGGAACGAGGCUCUCGAUUCUGUAAGAAUGGUUGGCACCUAUAAUGAAGGAACCAGUGAUCACCCUGAUUACCUCACACCCUCCGACCCUGUUUCGAAUGGGCAAUCCGUUGCCAUUUUAUUUGCCAUUGGGCGCUAUGAAGCAGCUAGCAUACAGGCACGGGUCAUAUCAUACCUACAAAGUGUAAAGGGACCGACGCAUAAUGGGUUUAAAGAUCUUAUAACAGAUUCGAAGCAGCUUAUGCAGAAGAUUGAUUCACUCAUCGCCCGUAUUCCUACACAAGGAAUACCUGAAAGGGGAUACAUUCCAUCUCUUCUUGCUAAUUUAUCUCCGUACACACAUCCGUUUCUAUACAAUGACGAUUCAAACCAGCCGAACGUCUUUGCAGCAUGCGCGCGGAUCAUGCUGACCUUGCUGAAAUUUGAAAUAGCCAUUCUACUCAUAGUACAGCUCUGUGUGAAUUACCUGCGUAUAUAUCUGCAGUUUUAUCAGGCUCCUGCGUUCUCGCCGUACGUGUGGUUUUGCUGCAGCCACUUUGGACCUCUUCAAUGUGUGUUCCUGACUCUUAUGUACCUUCAUUCCUUCCAGGACACCAAGGAUACCCUACUAGCCCGAUACUGUAUCGAUGAGGUCAUAUAUCACUGCGUGUCGACCUACCAGGCUCUCGACUCCUCGAGCAGGGGAAAUUCCGUUGGAAAUGAACCGAACGAAGACAAGCUACGAACGCCAAUAGCAAUUCAAGCUCUGGUUCAUCUCCAGGAACAACUCCACUCAUCGCUCGGAUUGGAAGAUCGACUGCCGGCGCCGCUACCGUAUGACCUAAAUGAGUGCAAAGCUCAGUUUUCUAUGGCCCACCUUGCUAUCAAAGCAUCCGACUUACGCGCAACACUCAAUCCAGUCACACCUGAGGCAUCUUCCAUUACAAUUACUGACUCCAGCCAUGCAUGUGGUACUCCUCAAAUCCUUACAGAGUCUUUGCUGCCCAUUAGUGGCAGUAAGUUAGGACCAUCAAAUGAUGUGCUUGUGGCCGAAAAUGAGCAUGGUUUUGAUAUUGAGACCUGGUCAUCGUCGCUGAUUGUUGAAUCUGACAACAUCCUGGCGCAUCCUGAUGAUUUAGCUUCUGAUCCCCCUGUUAUCACUUCCGUGCACGCUGGUCUACCUGAAGGACUUUUCCCAGCAUAA